AUGAAGGCAUCAACCCUCGUCGCCGCACUGGCACCUUCAGCCGCCUACGCGCAGUGGUGGAAAGGCGCCCCAGGAUGCGCUCAAUCCUGCCUCUCAACAGCCUGGUCCAGCCCAACCGCAACCGUAACCUCCGGCUGGCCCGCGCAGUCCUCCUACUGCAACGCCGACGUCGGCUCCAGCAUCGGCUCGUGCAUCAGCUCCGCCUGCUCCGCCUCCUCGUCUAGCACCGCGUACUCGUCCUACUCCUCCCUCUCUUCCUCCCUCUGCGCCGCGUAUUCCUCUUGCACCUCUGUCGGAUCUACUGGUGUGCGUACCGUGACGUAUAGUGCUGGCCCGGUCACUUGGGCUGCCCCUGGGGGCUGGGGCUCGAAGUUCGCGGGCCCGCCGGGGUUUCCUGGUGCGGCGGAUGGUGGCAAUGCGACGGCGAGUAGUGAUGCGUAUCGCCAGUACUGGAGCGAUUGGGCGUCGGCGUUUAGUGGGAGCCAUACGUGGACGGGCGGCGUCGCGACUGUGACGGGGUGUUCGUUUGACGGGUCUCCGUGGUUCGUCGGGCCUGGGUGCGGGUGGAAUGGGCUCGGUGGGUUCGAUGGGUGGGUUGGUUGGGGGUCGGGCUGGAGUUGGGGUCCGACGACUACUGAGACCGUCACGUUUACUACGACUGAUUCCGUCGGCGUGACGACUACGGGGACUGGGCUUGCGGCUGUGGCGUUGGCGGUUAGUGGGACGUUGACUACGAGUACGACGCUUGGCUCGCCGACGGCGACGAGUGGGAGUGAGAAUGCGGCGACUGCGUUGGGGAGGGGCGGGGUUGGUGCUGAGGGAUCGGUUGUUACGGGGAUGAUGGGCGUUGCGCUUGGGGUUGUGCUGCUUGUUGCUGGGAUGUUGUGA